GUGGGAAUUUAAAACUUCAGUAAUGGAGUUAGCCCACAGUUUAUUGCUAAAUGAAGAAGCUUUGGCUCAAAUCACCGAAGCAAAGAGACCAGUUUUUAUCUUUGAAUGGUUGCGAUUUCUUGACAAAGUCUUGGUUGCUGCCAACAAGACUGAUGUAAAGGAAAAACAGAAAAAACUUGUUGAACAAUUAACUGGAUUAAUAAGUAGCUCACCUGGACCACCUACCCGGAAAUUGUUAGCUAAAAAUCUUGCAGCCCUUUAUAGCAUUGGAGACACUUUUACAGUUUUUCAAACACUUGAUAAAUGUAAUGACAUUAUCAGAAAUAAAGAUGAUACUGCAGCCUACUUACCAACAAAAUUGGCUGCAGUGGCUUGUGUUGGAGCAUUUUAUGAAAAAAUGGGAAGAAUGUUGGGCAGUGCUUUUCCAGAAACAGUAAAUAAUCUUUUGAAAUCUCUGAAAAGUGCAGAGUCUCAAGGGAGAAGUGAAAUCUUAAUGAGUCUACAGAAAGUUCUAAAUGGACUGGGUGGUGCAGCAGCUUCCUCACAUCGUGAUAUUUACAAGAAUGCCAGGUCUCUCCUGACUGAUAGGUCAAUGGCCGUUCGAUGUGCAGUGGCCAAGUGUCUACUAGAACUACAGAAUGAAGCUGUAUUCAUGUGGACUGCUGAACUGGAAAAUAUAGCCACUCUGUGUUUUAAGGCUUUGGAAAAUUCAAAUUAUGGGGUGCGAGUGGCAGUUUCUAAACUCUUAGGAACAGUCAUGGCUACAGCAUUGAUGCCAAAACAGGCAACAGUAAUGCGUCAAAAUGUGAAGCGAGCGACAUUGGAUGAAGUCUUGGAACUCAUGGCUACAGGAUUUCUACGUGGAGGGUCAGGUUUCUUAAAGAGUGGUGGAGAAAUGUUAAAAGUUGGAGGAUCUGUUAAUCGUGAAGUGAGAGUUGGAGUUACACAGGCUUAUGUUGUUUUUGUGACAACAUUGGGUGGUCAGUGGUUGGAGCGUAGUUUUGCUACAUUCUUGUCCCAUGUACUUGAUCUGGUUUCCCAUCCUCGAGCGACACAAACACAUGUGGAGGCUGUGUACUCAAGACGAUGUGUCUCCUUUAUCCUAAGAGCUACUGUGGGCAGUUUGCUAGGUGAAAAAGCCCAGAUUGCAGCUGCCAAAGAAAUAUGCCAAGCUAUUGGAAAACAAAUGAAAGCAGUAGUGGAAGAUAACACGUGGGGAGAGGGACCAGCAAAACUAAUUCCAGUGAGAAGAUCUAAAGACACUUUCCUUAUAAAUCCACUUUCUGAAGCAGUAGUGAAUGACACUAGUGGCGAAAACAAAUCUGGUGCAGCAGACAUCGCAGCCAGCCAGCACGUCAUGGUCUGUGCGCUGCAGGAGCUGGGGAGCCUGGUGCAGAGCCUGAAUGCCACCGCGUCCCCGCUUAUUCAGGAAGCAUCGAUAGGACUUUUGGAGAUCGUGACUUCAGUGCUGCUUCAUCCAAGUAUGGCUGCUCGACUUGCUGCUGCAUGGUGCUUGCGCUGUGUGGCUGUGGCAUUACCUUUCCAGUUGACGCCAUUUCUAGACAGGUGUGCAGAACGGCUCAACAACUUGAAGACGUCACCAGAAGCUGUUAGUGGAUACAGUUUUGCAAUGGCUGCUUUGUUGGGUGGAGUUCAUCAGUGUCCUUUGGGCAUUCCUCAUGCCAAAGGAAAGAUGGUAGUUAGUAUUGCUGAAGAUCUCUUACGAACUGCUGCCCAAAAUAGCAGGCUGUCUUUACAGCGCACCCAAGCUGGAUGGCUUUUACUUGGAGCACUUAUGACUUUAGGACCAUCUGUUGUCCGAUACCAUCUGCCCAAGAUGUUGUUACUGUGGCGAAAUGUUUUCCCUCGUUCUUUAAAGGAAUUAGAGGCCGAGAAGGCCCGAGGUGAUUCUUUUACCUGGCAGGUGACUUUGGAAGGCCGUGCUGGAGCUUUAUGUGCCAUGAGGAGUUUUGUCGCACAUUGUCCUGAGCUCCUAACUGAAGAUGUGAUUAGAAAAUUGAUGACUCCUAUUGAAUGUGCCAUGACUAUGAUGUCGCACAUUCCAUCUGUAAUUAAAGCCCAUGGAGCUCAUCUGAAAGCUAGUGCUGCAAUGGUCCGUUUAAGACUUUAUGAUAUCUUGGCUUUGUUACCUCCAAAAACUUAUGAAGGAUCUUUCAAUGCACUUCUUAGAGAACUGGUAGCAGAAUUCACUUUGACUGACAAUUCAGCCAACACAACUACUUCCCUCCUCAGAUCCCUCUGCCAUUAUGAUGAUAGUGUUCUUCUUGGUUCCUGGCUUCAAGAAACUGAUCAUAAAUCAAUUGAAGACCAGCUCCAGCCAAACAGUGCAUCUGGAAGUGGGGCUCUUGAGCAUGAUCCUUCAUCCAUUUAUUUACGAAUACCAGCUGGAGAAGCUGUGCCUGGUCCUCUCCCUCUUGGAGUCUCAGUCAUUGAUGCCUCUGUGGCUCUCUUUGGUGUAGUGUUUCCUCAUGUUUCUUACAAACACCGAUUACAAAUGUUGGAUCACUUUGCUGAAUGUGUUAAACAAGCCAAAGGAGUACGCCAGCAGGCUGUGCAGCUUAAUAUAUUUACUGCUGUUCUUAGUGCACUAAAGGGCUUAGCUGAGAACAAAAGUACAUUGGGACCUGAGGAAGUUCGGAAAUCUGCUCUGACACUGGUUAUGGGCGCUCUUGACAACCCAAACCCUAUCUUACGAUGUGCAGCAGGGGAAGCUCUUGGAAGAAUGGCUCAGGUGGUUGGAGAAGCAACUUUUAUUGCUAGAAUGGCCCAAUACAGCUUUGACAAGUUGAAAUCAGCUCGAGAUGUUGUUUCUAGGACUGGUCAUUCAUUGGCUCUUGGUUGUUUGCAUCGUUAUGUUGGUGGUAUAGGCUCAGGACAACAUUUGAAGACCAGCGUGAGCAUUUUAUUGGCUCUAGCACAAGAUGGAACAUCCCCUGAAGUCCAGACUUGGUCUCUUCAUUCACUUGCUUUGAUUGUGGAUUCUAGUGGCCCAAUGUAUCGUGGAUAUGUGGAACCAACAUUAUCUCUAGUUCUUACACUGCUGUUGACUGUUCCACCUUCACAUACAGAAGUUCAUCAGUGUUUGGGUAGAUGCUUGGGAGCUAUAAUAACUACUGUUGGCCCUGAACUCCAAGGGAAUGGAGCAACAAUUUCUACAAUUCGUUCCUCUUGCUUGGUGGGUUGUGCAAUAACCCAGGACCAUUCUGAUUCUCUUGUUCAGGCAGCUGCCAUAUCUUGCCUUCAGCAGCUUCACAUGUUUGCACCACGACAUGUCAAUCUAUCUAGUCUUGUGCCUAGCCUUUGUGUUCACUUAUGUAGUUCUCAUCUGUUACUUCGACGAGCAGCUGUGGCAUGUCUUCGGCAACUUGCGCAAAGAGAAGCAGCCGAAGUAUGUGAAUAUGCCAUGAGCCUAGCGAAAAAUGCAGGGGACAAAGAGAACAGUGGUGUCAAUGUCAAUCCUUUUGCACCUGGGGUUAGUUCGCGAAGUGACAUCCAUUGCCGACACCAAGGUGUUAAUAUAACAGAAACUGGUCUUGAGGGACUCCUUUUUGGAAUGCUAGACCGGGAGACAGAUCGAAAGUUAUGUUCUGAUAUUCAUGAUACUUUGGGACAUAUGCUUUCCUCGCUGGCAGUAGAAAAGCUUUCCCAUUGGCUAAUGCUUUGUAAAGAUGUCCUGGCAGCUUCUAGUGAUAUGAGUACUGCAGCUCCCUUAAGUAGCGGAAAAGAUGAAGAAUCUGAAAAGAAAGAUGAGAUGGAUGAUGAUACCAUGUUUACCACAUUAGGCGAAGAAGAUAAAUCAAAGCCCUUUGUGGCCCCUCGCUGGGCCACUCGGGUAUUUGCUGCCGAUUGCUUGUGUCGAAUCAUCAAUUUGUGUGAGAAUGCGGACCAGGCUCACUUUGAUCUUGCCAUGGCACGUUCUGCUAAACUUCGAAACCCUACAAAUGACCUCUUGGUACUUCAUCUCUCUGACCUGAUUCGCAUGGCAUUCAUGGCUGCAACUGAUCAUAGCAACCAACUGCGGAUGGCUGGUCUCCAGGCACUUGAAGACAUUAUCAAGAAGUUUGCAUCUGUACCUGAGCCAGAAUUUCCAGGUCAUGUGAUUCUGGAACAGUAUCAAGCUAAUGUGGGAGCUGCUCUAAGACCAGCCUUUUCACAAGACACACCAUCAGAUAUAAUAGCAAAAGCUUGCCAGGUAUGUAGUACAUGGAUCGGAAGUGGAGUUGUCAGUGAUCUCAAUGAUCUCCGUCGAGUACACAAUCUUCUUGUUUCUUCUCUGGACAAAGUUCAGGCCGGAAAAGGAUCUUCCAGUCAACUGUACCGAGAGAGUGCCACAACCAUGGAAAAACUGGCCGUUCUCAAAGCAUGGGCAGAGGUAUAUGUGGUUGCUAUGAAUAUUAAAAAGGAAGCAGAGUCAAAACCAAAAAGAACAAUUAAAAAUACUGAUGAUGAUGAUGACGACUAUGGUACCAUAGAUGAACUACCACCAGAUAGUUUAAUAACACUGGUACAACCUGAACUGCCGACACUCAGCCGCCUGUGGCUGGCAGCAUUAAAAGAUUAUGCGCUUUUGACUUUACCAGCUGAAUUUGCUAGUCAGCUCCCUCCAGAUGGUGGAGCAUUUUAUACUCCUGAGACUAUUGAUACAGCUAGACUUCACUAUCGUAAUUCCUGGGCCCCAAUUCUCCAUGCCGUGGCACUUUGGUUAAAUAGCACAGGAUUUACAUGUUCUGAGUCCACAGAAGCAGCAGCAGUAUCUGGCUUACAAAAACGUUCUACAUCUGUCAAUUUAAACCAGGCAUCGGGAGCAACGGGUAGUGCUAAGUCUUUGCCAGAAAUUAACAAAGACAGAAUGCAUCUGAUUUUAGGUGUGAGUAUACAGUUUCUUUGUUCCCCUAGACCUGAGGAGCCUAUUGAACAUGUUACAGCUUGCCUCCAGGCCUUACACACCUUGCUAGAUUCUCCUUAUGCUCGAAUCCAUAUUGCAGAAGAUCAGUUGAUUGGUGUUGAGUUGCUGAGUGUUUUGCACCGCCUCCUGUUGACCUGGAAUCCACCAUCUGUCCAGCUGUUGGUUACUGGAGUUGUGCAACAGAUAGUAAGGGCUGCUCAGGAUUAUUUGCAAGAAAAAAGAAACACUCUAAAUGAAGAUGACAUGGAAAAAGAGUCCUGUACUGUAUUAGGAGAAGGAGGUGACAGCGGUGGUCUGAUUCCUGGAAAAUCGCUUGUGUUUGCGACUAUGGAGCUGUUGAUGUUCAUUUUAGUACGGCACAUGCCACAUCUCAGUACCAAGAUGUCGGACUCUCCAAGUCACAUAGCCACUAAAACUCGACUGUCAGAAGAAAGUGCUCGUUUGGUGGCGGCCACGGUUACCAUACUCUCUGAUUUACCAUCCCUGUGUUCACCUGCUGGAUGUAUGACAAUCCUGCCCACAAUUCUCUUCUUAAUUGCAAGAAUAUUGAAAGACACAGCAAUAAAGUCUGCAGAUAAUCAGGUUCCUCCACCAGUCAGUGCAGCUCUUCAAGGGAUUAAAAGUAUCGUGACACUUUCAAUGGCAAAAACUGAGGAAACUCAAAAACAAUGGACAGCUCUAAUUCGUAGCACUCUUGCAUGCAUCCUGGAAUAUUCUCAACCAGACUCUAUGCCUACACCUGAUGAAGUAAGCAUGCUAACAGCAAUUGCACUCUUCCUGUGGUCUGCUAGUAGUGAAAUAAUUGGAGUCCAGUCAUUACAGAAUGGCUGCAUGAACAGAUUUAAAAAUGCAUUAAAUUCAUGUGACCCGUGGGUUCAAGCCAAAUGUUACCAGCUUCUCCUCUCAGUCUUCCAACAUUCCAAUCGUGCCCUUUCAACUCCUUAUAUCCAUUCAUUAGCUCCAAUAGUGGUUGAAAAGCUAAAAGCUGUUGAAAGAAAUAGACCAGCCAAUAACACAGAACUUUUAGCUGUUCAAGAAGGAAUCAAAGUCCUUGAAACAUUGGUUGCUCUUGGUGAAGAACAAAACAGAGUCCAGUUACUUGCUCUCUUAGUUCCCACUUUGAUCUCUUACCUGCUGGAUGAAAAUUCUUUUGCCUCAGCAAGUUCAGCUUCCAAAGAUCUUCAUGAGUUUGCACUCCAGAAUUUAAUGCAUAUUGGACCUUUAUACCCACAUGCUUUCAAGACAGUAAUGGGGGCUGCUCCUGAGUUGAAAAUACGCCUAGAAACUGCUGUUCGAGCAAGCCAAGCUAGCAAAGCUAAGGCAGCUGCCAGGCAGCCAGCUCCUACCAUACAUUCUGCACCAACAAUUAAGCUAAAAACAAGUUUCUUUUAAUUUUUUUCUUCCAUUCAUUUUUAUUUAUGUUGUCAGCCAACUCCUAAUUAGUGAAAGCCACUAUAUCAUUCCAGGCUAUGGAUUUUGUUUUAUUUGUAUAUUGGUGUUAGAGUGCUUCUAAGUAGUUUAAGUGAAAUAAUGUUCAUACCACUUAUUGAUUUUAAAAGAGUGAUUUUUUUUUUAUCAUGUCAUGAAUUUGUUUUUAUUUUUCCCCUAAUAAUGUUUCUCUUUUAUUAAUUAAUUUAUUUUUUAAACACUGAGCCAUAUAGUCUUUUAAAUUUAAAUGCUAAAAACAUAAUUAUAUCAUGUAGUCAGGCAGCCAAUUGAUAUUGUCAGGGAAAAAAAGAGGUCAGAAUUCAGCAUCUGUCAUGAAAAAAUUCAAUUGAAAAACAAGCAGAUUUUAAAUUUUGAAGUAACCAAAAUAAUGGAAAGUAUGUGUUUUGUGGUGUAUAUACUAUGAAUAAAAUCACAACAUUUUCUAAGCAUUUCCCAAAAUGUUCUUAUCUUUCUGACAGAUCUUUUAACUUUCAUAUUGAAUUACUAAAUUAUGCUUGUGUGUAAUUUAGUUGUUAACUGAAUUAGAAUUCUCAUUUAAAGGUCCAUUAAAAUGUUUCAAAUGUGG